CAAGGAGCCGGGAGAGGAUCUGGCAAAUUACACCUUAAUUAUGCAAGCCAGGAGACAGCUGGAGACUACUGUAAUGUUCCCACCAGCUCUGAACCUCCCCUUUUUAUUUCGGGAAGGUGGGGAAGAGGGAAGGAGAAAGCUUCCUAUGAAGUACCCUACCCCUCCAAGAGACGAAAGCCAAUGACCAAUGCACAGACCCGCACAGAGGACCGACUCCCGCACCCUCGCACUUUUUCCCUCUCUCUCGGCUCCUCCAAGAUGACAGGGCGGCGGAAGAAAGGCCGCUGGAAUCAGCUGGCCAAGCGUGAAGGAGAUGAGUCUUUCAUCCUCUCGAGAACUUGCGUCAUGAGGCAGCCAAGUAGGAGACUUUAGCCCUUUCUCUCUUGGUGACUGAGCGGCUUCCCUGGCUCUCGACUCUCCAGCGGGAUUCUUUUCACUAAAGAUGGAAACACUGGAGUCAGAAUUGACCUGCCCAAUCUGCCUCGAGUUGUUCGAAGACCCCCUCCUGCUCCCGUGUGCCCACAGCCUGUGCUUCAGCUGUGCCCACCGCAUCCUGGUGUCCAGCUGCAGCUCCGGAGAGUCCAUCGAGCCCGUCGCCGCUUUCCAGUGCCCCACCUGCCGCCAUGUCAUCUCGCUGAACCACCGGGGCCUCGAGGGCCUCAAGAGGAAUGUGACCCUGCAGAACAUCAUUGACCGCUUCCAGAAGGCCUCUUUGAGUGGGCCCAACUCCCCCAGCGAGAGCCGCCGUGAGCGGACCUUCCGGCCCGGCCCCGCCAUGUCUGGCGAGCGCGUCGCCUGCCAGUUCUGCGAGCAGGACCCCCCGCGUGACGCGGUCAAGACCUGCAUCACCUGCGAGGUGUCCUACUGCGACCGUUGCCUGCGGGCCACCCACCCCAACAAGAAGCCCUUCACCAGCCACCGCCUGGUGGAGCCCGUCCCAGACACGCACCUGCGUGGGCUCACCUGCCUGGAGCACGAGAACGAGAAAGUGAACAUGUACUGCGUGGCGGACGACCAGCUCAUCUGUGCCUUAUGCAAACUGGUGGGGCGGCACAGAGACCACCAAGUGGCCUCCCUGAGUGACCGGUUUGAGAAGCUCAAGCAAACACUGGAGAUGAACCUGAGCAACCUGGUUAAGCGCAAUAGUGAACUAGAAAACCAGAUGGCCAAACUGAUACAGAUCUGUCAGCAGGUUGAGGUGAACACUGCCAUGCACGAGGCCAAGCUGAUGGAAGAGUGCGAUGAGCUGAUGGAGAUCAUCCGGCAGCGGAAGCAGGUGAUCGCCGUCAAAAUCAAAGAGACGAAGGUUAUGAAGCUGAGGAAGUUGGCUCAGCAAGUGGCUAACUGCCGCCAGUGUCUGGAACGUUCCACCGUGCUCAUCAACCAGGCCGAGCAUAUUUUGAAAGAGAACGAUCACGCUCGCUUUCUGCAGACAGCAAAGAACGUGGCUGAGAGGGUCGCCAUGGCAACUGCAUCCUCUCAAGUUCUGAUACCAGAUAUCAAUUUUAAUGACGCCUUUGAAAACUUUGCUUUAGAUUUUUCCAGGGAAAAGAAACUGCUGGAGGGGUUAGAUUACCUAACAGCCCCCAACCCGCCUUCCGUCCGCGAGGAGCUAUGUACGGCUUCUCACGACACCAUCACCGUCCACUGGAUCUCCGAGGAUGAGUUCAGCGUCGGCUCCUAUGAGCUUCAGUACACCAUCUUCACCGGCCAGGCUAACUUCAUCAGCCUAUACAGCUCUAUGGACAGUUGGAUGAUCGUUCCCAACAUCAAGCAGAACCAUUACACGGUGCACGGACUGCAGAGCGGGACCCGCUACAUCUUCCUAGUCAAGGCCAUAAACCAAGCUGGCAGCAGGAACAGCGAGCCUGCCCGCCUGAAAACCAACAGCCAGCCCUUUAAGCUCGACCCCAAGCUGACUCACAAGAAGCUGAAGAUCUCCAACGAUGGGUUGCAGAUGGAGAAGGACGAGAGUUCCCUGAAGAAGAGUCACACGCCGGAGAGGUUCAGCGGCACCGGGUGCUACGGGGCAGCGGGGAACGUCUUCAUCGACAGCGGAUGCCACUACUGGGAGGUCGUCGUGGGCUCUUCCACGUGGUAUGCAGUUGGUGUUGCCUACAAGUCUGCCCCGAAGAACGAAUGGAUCGGCAAGAACGCCUCGUCGUGGGUCUUCUCCCGUUGCAAUAAUAACUUUGUGGUGAGACACAACAACAAAGAGAUGCUAGUAGACGUUCACCCUCAGAUGAAGCGUCUCGGGGUCCUCCUGGAUUACGACAACAACACGUUGUCAUUUUAUGACCCGGCAAAUUCUCUCCACCUUCACACUUUCGACAUUUCCUUCAUCCUCCCUGUGUGUCCCACGUUUACGAUCUGGAACAAAUCCUUGAUGAUCCUGUCAGGCUUGCCUGCCCCAGAUUUCAUAGACUAUCCAGAGCAGCAGGAGUGCAACUGCAGGCCGCAGGAGUCCCCUUACGUAUCAGGGAUGAAAGCCUGCCACUAAGGAGAGCACAUCUCGUUGGUGACACUCCGGGGACAGAGUCGAGAGAAGUCUGGCAUUGGCUAGUGAGGCUGCAAUCUUUCUGGGACUUCUGCAUGGCUAAACCGGGAAGCGAUUCCUGUAGCCGAACGUAUUCCGCUGUGUGAUUUCUUUCCUCUGAACCUCUAAACUGCUCCCUUCUUAAACAAACUUCAGCUAAUUUUUAAGAAAGAGAAUGAACUAAAUAAAAUCCUUUGAAAGCAACACAAA